UUUAAUAUGUGAAUGGAUAACGAGCAAACAGAUAGUGUCUUCAAACAGACAAAUGGAUUCCACUUUCUAUGAUGAGUACAAUAUUACACAGAUUUUAAUAGAAAUUCUGAGGCAAAAUCAAAACAUAUCAAAUGAAGCUUUACUUGAGCAUGCCCAAGUACUUCUCAAACAACUCACGUUUGAUCGAGAACUUUCAUCUUACACAGAAUUCAGACUUCACAAAGCAAUGUUACUCUACGUGCCACCUAUACUAUUGGUGUUAGGAGUGAUCGGAAAUGUUUUAUCAUUCUUUAUUUUACGACAUAAAACAAUGACUAGACAGUCAACAACUUUAUUCCUGGCAGUUCUUUCGAUAGCAGAUUCAUUGGUUCUAUUUAUAGGACUUUUCCGGAAGUGGAUUGGGGAAAUAACUGGCCUUGACAUUCAGCAUGAGUCGAUGUUUUUAUGCAAGACAAUAACAGUAUUGGCAUACAGCGUUAGUCAUUAUUCUGUUUGGCUGAUUGUUGCAGUGACUAUAGAACGAUUUAUCGUUGUGUGUAGACCUCUUCAAGCUUCUAGAUAUUGUAAACAAAAGAGAGCAAGAAAAGUGGUGCUUAUCAUGAUUUUCAUUUUUCUAGCUAUUAAUGCUCAUUUGUUUUGGACAGUCGAACUAACGGAACAAAAUCUUAACAGAAAAACAGUACUCAGAUGUGAUGCUGGACCAAACUUUGUUGAGUUCAUUGACCGGAUUUGGCCAUGGAUCGAUUUAGUUUUGUAUUCAUUGUUCCCUUUAGUUAUAUUGUUAUUUUUUAACACACACAUAAUAAGACAGGUUGUGAGAGCGACAGCAGGAAGAGAUAUUUUACAAAACGGCCCAUUAAUGAAAGUAGAUUCGCGUAGGAAUACAAAAGAUGCAAAUCUCAAACUGACAAUUAUGUUAUUAACAAUAUCAUUCACAUUUCUUGCAACAACAGUACCAAUGAAUGUUGUUAUGAUCGCUUCAGUGGUCUGGAGAAAUGAAAUGGAUAAUCCAAAGCAAUUUGCCAAAUUAGUACUGAUUCGAACAAUAUCUGAACUACUGAUGUAUCUCAAUCAUUCAAUCAAUUUCUUUUUAUAUUGUGCAACAGGACAGAAAUUUAGAAAUAUUGUGUUAAGAAUGAUUUGUGGUCGAUCGACGUCAAACAUAUCUAACUUUUCAGAUCAUAGUCAGCAUCUUUAUUGUUCGAGAGCUAACAAUAACUGUAAUGGUCACAAGAGUGAGAAUGAAACGGCUCUAUAAAAAAUAUGUGAUAUUUCCGUUGUUCUGC